CAGAAUAACCCGAGACCCACGGCUGACCCGGUACUGUGACCGGACCGGGCUGCAGGGACAAAAUCUGAUCUGUCGGUGCUGGUGCUGAGGAUAACGGAGCUAACGGAGAUAACGGAGCUAACGGACACUAUCUAACCGGGACUGCGGAGCGUCAGCUGUUACCAAACCGGGGCUAAUAACGGGACCAGCUGACAGGCCACCGGGACACCACGCUGCACCGCCUUGACCCGGUUCGGUUCGGCCACUGGGAGCCAGGAUGUUGAUAGCGGUCGGUGCUGGAACUGGAAACCCCGCCUCCACCGGCAAGAAGAACCGGCGGAGAGGCAAAAAGAACCGGAGGGUCCCAAAAGAGGAGGGAAGGUCUGAUGACCUCUGCGAUCUUCAGAGUCUGAACACUGACGGCAGCCCGCCACCAACACCGUCGCAGAAUUACCCUCAAACCACCCACCUGUCCCCCAAAAAUACCCCAAAAACUACAACACAGACAGGAAAAACAUCGCCAACAUAUCCUGAAGACACCCAUGAAACCACUACAGUACCCCAACAAGAACUCCCACACUUCACGGCGUUACCCACCGAAAACACCACUGGACCCCCCCAGAGUGACUCCCGAGCACCUUUACCAUGUCCCCAGAAUACCCUCCAGACCACACCCCCACCUCUGGAUAUAGUAGAUACCCCUUUACCAGUAGUACCAGAAUUUCCUGAAAAUACCCCCCUUCAAACUGCCCCGUUGCCCCCCUUGACAGUGCCAGUGACUCCUCUGAUUUUCAGCCAAUCACGUCCUGCCGCAUCUCAAAGUCCCACCUAUAGUCCCAGCCAAUCACCGCCAACCGUUUACCAAAAUAUUAGCCAGAAUUCCUCGAGGUCGCCUCACAGAACUCUUGAAAAUGUCGCCCAGAAUCUGUCUGGUAGAAAAACAGAGUCCCACCAUCCCUCCAAAUCCCCUCCAACCUUACCCCAAAAGAUUACCCACAGUCCCUCAGCCACGCAUCCUGCCAAAGCUCCUCCCACCCCUCCGUUAAGCCCCUCCCACCCCGACCCCUUCCUCCUGAACACGGUGACCUUUACCUCCAGUGUCUCUUCCCACCUCUACUCCCCUCUCUGCUCGUCUUCCGCCUCCUUCCUCUGCCCCCUUGACACUCUGCCCCCGCCCAUUGGCCUGCCUCCCAUGAUGUCAUCGGCCCCCACCCAACUGACCACACCCCCAAUCGCUUUGAGUCCGCCCCCUCCCGAAUUGACGCCGCCCCCUACACACCUGCUGGGCUCCGAUGACGAAGAGCAGGAAGACCCGUCAGAUUACUGUAAAGGUGGUUACUACCCGGUGAAGAUCGGUGAUCUGUUUAAUGGGAGGUACCACGUUGUCAGAAAACUCGGCUGGGGACAUUUCUCUACCGUGUGGCUCUGCUGGGAUCUGCAGAAGAAGCGUUUUGUAGCAUUGAAGGUGGUAAAGAGUGCUCCACAUUACACUGAGACAGCUGUGGACGAGAUUAAACUGCUCAGAUGUGUGAGGGACAGUGACCCCUCUGACCCUUACCGAGAAACCACCGUCCAACUGAUCGAUGACUUCAAGAUAUCUGGAGUCAACGGAGUCCAUGUCUGUAUGGUUUUGGAGGUUCUGGGUCAUCAGCUAUUAAAAUGGAUCAUAAAGUCCAACUAUAUGGGACUUCCUCUUGCCUGCGUCAAGACCAUCAUUAAACAGGUACUACAGGGUCUGGACUACCUCCACACCAAAUGUAAGAUCAUCCACACAGACAUCAAACCAGAGAACAUCUUACUGGACGCCGACGAGGUUUACAUCAGGAGAUUGGCAGCUGAGGCGACCGUCUGGCAAAGAGCUGGAGCCCCGCCCCCUUCUGGGUCAUCAGUUAGCACGGCUCCCAGGGAUCUACAGGCUGGUAAACUUUCGAAAAACAAGAAGAAGAAGUUGAAGAGAAAAGCAAAGCGUCAACAAAGGCUGUUAGAAGAGAGACUAGAGGACAUACAGAGGAUGGAGGACGAAGACGGUGUGUUGAUACAGCCUGAUGACACAGACAGUAACGGCUCUCUGGUCGUCAACGGCAACUCUUCCUGCUCCACAGCCAACAGCAAAGCGAGCCCAGAGUCCCACAGCUCUUGGUUGGAGGAAAAGUGUAACGGCCACGCUCCCGACCGCUUCUCCAGCCCCGCCUCCGGCCUAUCAGGGUUCUCCAGCUCUGUGAUGUCAGCAACGUCUGAGUCAGCACUUUCCACACAGUCGGGAUACUCGAGCGGACGAGACGUGUGCAGUGCGUCAGAUUUUGUCCUCAGUCCUCUGGAUCCUCUAAACGCAGAUAAACUGAAAGUGAAGAUUGCUGAUCUGGGAAAUGCAUGCUGGGUGCACAAACACUUCACUGAAGACAUUCAGACCAGACAGUACAGAGCUCUGGAGGUGCUGAUUGGAGCAGAGUACGGAACACCUGCCGACAUCUGGAGCACCGCCUGCAUGGCGUUUGAGCUGGCAACAGGAGAUUACCUGUUUGAACCUCAUUCCGGAGAAGAUUACACCAGAGAUGAAGAUCACAUCGCUCACAUCAUCGAGCUUCUCGGCCCGAUCCCCGUACCCUUCGCUCAGUCUGGAAGGUACUCCAGAGAGUACUUCAACAGGAGAGGUGAGCUGCGUCACAUCACAAGUCUGAAGCCGUGGGGCCUGUUCGAGGUUCUGCUGGAGAAGUACGAGUGGCCGUUGGAUCAGGCGGCUCAGUUCAGUGACUUCCUGUUGACCAUGUUAGAUCCGCAGCCUGAUCGUAGAGCAACUGCAGCGCAGUGUCUGCAACACGCCUGGCUUCAGACAUGAGCGUGCACACACACACACACAUACACACACUCGCACUUACACACACACACACACACUCACAGUAGGUUUUGGGGCGUUAUUAUGGUGUUAAGGUAUACCACAAUAUUUAGAAAUCCUAAGGGUUUGAUUUUCAACUUACACAUAAACAUUUGCACAUGUUUUCUGUUAAAAGUGACAGACUGUGUCAAUGUGAUGUAUCGUAGUGCACAACACCGCCACCAGAGGGCAGUCCGUCGUGAUAGAGGCAGUCGGAGGAUCAGGCAGGAAAAUGAAAUGAAAUGAAAUUAUUAAAGCAGGUAACUAACGAUGGAUGUGUUAUAAGAGCUGGAUACCGGGCCCAAAAAAUGGUGCCAAGUUUAAAACCUCCAUGGAUCAAAAAAUUCAUAAUAGAAAGAGUCAUAAUUGAGCUUGUUUUGUCAAUGGUAGUCUGCGGGGAAAAUGCUUUUUGGGCUGCGAGGCUGAUGGUCGAGCAGCAGCGCCCUAUCCAGCUCUUAUAAUACACCCAUGGAACUAAGAGUUAUGUGAGAAGAGUAAUGUGGAAGAAAGAAUAAGAAGGUUAAGAAAACACUGAAGUCACCUGACAGCUCAAACACAGCUCGUAAACAUUGAACCUCAGCAGGACGUGUGAAAGUGAAGCUGAAAUUAUACAUUCGGUGUACGCGAUGGUCUGCUAGGGUCAACGCGUAGGCUCUGUGCGGACAUCCACGUACCUCCAAUUUUGUUGUGACCGUCACAACGCUGUCUUCCCCGUAGACGCUGAUUGUAGACGCAUGUGUGGAACGCAGAAAGUCGUGUAAAGAGAGCUACUAAAGGUCCGUGUGUGCGUCCACUCGGGAGUAAAUCCGCAGCUUUACUGAUGUCAGACAGCUGCUGCACUCUCCAACCAGCCGCAAAUACUGUCAUAUAGCUUACAGCCAGGUGAGGUGAUGGGAAGGUAAAUUAGACACACACACACAUGCAUAUGCAAACACACACACACACACACACACACACACACACACACAAACACACUCAUUUGCACACACUGUUGUUGAGGAGUGUUAGAAGUGUGUGUCACUCUGUGGUGGUGGUGAUUUAAUGUGAUGUGGGAAAUUAUCACCUUGACCUCUCGACUGUCCUGUCAAUAGAUUCUCCCCCCCCUCCCCCCUCCAAAAAAAAAAAAUCAUUCAUUCAUUGAUUGAUUGGCUGUGCAGGUGGUCAGAUCAUCGUGUUUCUGCUCCAUCAAAUUUCACGAAGCUUGACUGAAUCCAGACGUCUGUGUGGUCUCAUUUAGAGUUUAGAGUCACACGUGAAAUUGAGCUCAUCUAUUUGAUCUUCUUCUACACACACAAAAAAAACUUCAGUACAAGUGAGAAAAACUAAACUAAACAGUGCUUUAGUGGAAUAAAACUGAGACAGACCUCUGAGUAACACUCGAGUCUGAAUACUGAUAGACACAGACAGAUAAAUGAACCCACAGAUUUAUAUAUAAUUACUACUAUGUGUCCCGACAGCAGAGGUUUCACAUCUCUGAGCUGGAAUAAUGUUCCUCAAACCAGCUGCAGAUGUUUGCAUUCAGUCGUCUUCUCUCUGCUGACCUCUGACCUCCUAUAACAUGUUGUUCUCAUGUUGCCUGAAAUCCAAUCUGGUGUCCAGCAGGCGUCAUGAGAAGUUGCAACUUUUUAUUCUCAGUCUAGUUUUUAAUUAUUUCCCCUCCUGAUGCAGGAAUCUGAUGUUUUCUUGAACCUUUUCUGUGUUUCUGAUGUUUCUCUUUAAAAAAAAAAAAAAAAUCCCGUUAAACUUUACUUUUCUUUCUUUCCUGGAACUUUUAUUCUGCUGUUUUUUUUCCUGUUUUGUUUUUGUGCUCUUGAAGUUUUUUUUUUCUGGUUCUGUUUUUUUCUUCUCAGAGGUGACGUCCAUGUUUGACUCUCUGUUCACUUCCUGCUGUUCCUUUUAUGAAAUCGGUGAUUAUUGAUCAAUGACCUUUUUAAGACUUCCGAACCUCCCUGACGACGAUGAUGAUGAUGAUGAUGAUGAAUAUUAGUUUUUGGUUUUAGACGAGCACACUGUAGCUUCCCGACAGCAGCCGACCCUCUCACUGACUCUGAUCACAGUAUUGAUCUUAUUGAUCAUUUCAGUUUGUAGCUCAAAGUGACCUCUGACCUCCUCACCUGUUUAUCUGCUCUCACCUGUUUCUAUAUUCAUAUAAUAAAUAGUGCCUUGAAAUGACCCCCAUUCCCCCCCCUUCCCGACCCCGCCCCCUCUACCCUGUCACAGUGACAUCACCAGUGACAUAAAGAGUUUUUUUUCUACAUGUGUCCGGUCUGUGUGGAAUGUUUCUUCUGUGAAAAUAAAGAUUAAUGAAAGCUCA